UGGAUAGUGCUUGACUGUCGAAUCGCAAGGCGGAUCCGAGGAGGAGCGGUGGCUCAUGAGGUGAGAUUCGCCUGUUCGUGCGACGCGGCGUAGCGUAGCGGAGUGCGAAGUCAGCCACAGUUGGAGACAGCAACGGAUCAACCAAGGAACACUUGGCUAGGGUACGCUGGUGGCCGCAUGCUGGUCUGUGACGAAGCCUUUCAUCGCGAUCGAGGCAGCGCACUGUAGGGCUGUGGUGGUGGCUGCCGAUGGCGGAGAGAAAUGGGCACCGCGAAGGAGAUGAGACGCAACGGAGCCCGCAGAGAGGGCAGACGAAGGGCAGACGGAUGCGCCAAAUUGGACGGACAGUCAGUCAUCUUCGCGUCCGCCAGAGGGCAAGUGCGGUCAUGGUCGCAGCGGCCCUGUCCACUACUGCCCCCAGCACCACGACCGUGGCUGAGCCGGGAUGCGUCGCUCCUCCGCCUCGUAAACUCACCAGCGGGCGUCCUCCACGCCAACCUCCACCGCUGCCUGGCCGUGACCUCUCCUCUCUCUUCCACCCUCUCCGUGCCGUCGCCAGUGCUUCUUCUGCCCGCUGCCGCCUCGAUCGCUGCCCGCCAGUUGUUUGCCGCUGCACGAUUUCGGCAUUUGCGAUUGACGCUGCUGUGCCGCACCGACGACUCGGCCCUCGAGCGCAUACCCACCGAAGCGAUCCGCAGCUCUGGGACCCUCGUUAGGCUGAAUUGUCGUCCGCUUCUCGACUGAGCUCUGCGCCUGUUCUAAAUACACUCACUCUACCACGCUCGUUUACCCUCAUAUACGCUCUCUCGCUCUGCAUGAGGGGUCCCUCGUGACCGUUCGUUGCGCGAGAGCAGAGACAAAGCCCGUGAACUGAGCUGGACGUGCCCGUCAUACCAGCGUUC